AUCGCAGGAUCGUGUGUAGAUGUGGGAGCACUCGCUGUGGGUUAGAAUAAUUUUAAAGCUAUCGUAAACUGGAAAGACUAUAGUGUUUAAUCACAUGAUCUUUAGUACAUUCUAGAGAUAAUAAUUAAAUGGCAGAUUCUGACAAAUUAAAUAUCGAUAGUAUUAUUGCUCGACUUUUGGAAGUAAGAGGAUCUCGUCCAGGUAAAAAUGUCCAGUUAAGUGAAGCAGAGAUUCGAGGGUUGUGUUUGAAAUCACGGGAAAUAUUCCUCAGCCAACCCAUCCUCUUAGAACUAGAAGCACCACUUAAAAUAUGUGGUGAUGUACAUGGCCAGUUCUAUGAUCUUUUACGACUCUUUGAAUAUGGUGGGUUCCCUCCAGAGAGUAACUACUUGUUUUUAGGAGAUUAUGUGGACAGGGGGAAACAGUCUUUAGAGACAAUAUGCCUUUUAUUAGCGUAUAAAAUAAAAUAUCCAGAAAACUUUUUUCUCCUACGUGGGAACCAUGAAUGUGCCAGCAUCAACAGGAUAUAUGGUUUUUAUGAUGAAUGUAAGAGAAGAUACAACAUAAAACUUUGGAAAACUUUCACAGACUGUUUCAACUGCUUGCCAGUAGCUGCCAUCAUUGAUGAAAAGAUCUUUUGUUGCCAUGGAGGUUUAAGCCCGGAUCUGCAGUCAAUGGAACAAAUCCGCCGUAUAAUGCGACCUACAGAUGUGCCAGAUCAGGGGCUGUUGUGUGAUUUACUGUGGUCUGAUCCAGAUAAAGAUGUAAUGGGAUGGGGAGAAAAUGAUCGUGGAGUUUCAUAUACAUUUGGUGCUGAUAUAGUAGCCAAGUUUCUUCACAAACAUGAUCUGGAUUUAAUAUGUCGAGCUCAUCAGGUUGUUGAAGAUGGCUAUGAAUUCUUUGCAAAGCGUCAAUUGGUGACUCUUUUCUCAGCUCCUAACUACUGUGGAGAGUUUGACAAUGCAGGUGCUAUGAUGAGUGUCGAUGAAACUCUUAUGUGUUCAUUUCAGAUUCUGAAACCAGCAGACAAGAAAAAUUUUCCAUAUGGGAAGAUGGCUUCAAAUCGCCCAAUAACACCUCACAGAGGUCAAUUGACCAAGAAAAACAGCAAGAAAUGAUACUGUGCAGUUAAACCUUAACGUUGUUUUCCUCUUGAAUGACUAUGUAGGUCAAGUUUGCUGUUUUAUAAACAAAUGUGAGUGUAUGGAUGUUAAAAGUUUUAAAAGCUUUAGAAUCAAAACAAAAGCUUUAUACAAGAAAACAUUGUUCUGUUCUAAACCUUCCUAGAUGUAGGAUACAUAUGUAAAAUAAAGAAUGUUUAUUGUUGGUAGGUUGUACAACUGCAUAUCAUAAGUGUAUUUGUAAUUCAUCAAUUAUAAUGUUUUAACAAUUUUAGACACAUCCAAGAUUUCCUUGGAUUUGAUUUUGGUGAGUAUGUAUGUUUUUAAAGCAUUUAAGAGAAGUUUGAAAUAAUUGUUUAAUCAGCAUAAAAAUUGUAGAUACAAUCAUGCUGCAUCAUCAUAAUUCAUUUAAAUGUUAUAGCUUUUUCUUUGAAGUUUCUUUUUUUCUCUUAUUUUUAACAUUUCACUUCUUUAGGUGUUAGCAGAUUAAAACAGCAUUUGCAAUUUACAUUCAAAACAGUUUCAAUCUUGGGAAAAGUUUGAAAAUGUAUAUUACUUAUUGAAGAAAAUAGUUUUGCAGCUAUUUUAUUCAGUUCUUUAGUUUCUUAAAUGCUCUGUAUGAAAAAAGAAGCUUUAUGUAUAAAACAUUUUUGUAAUAUGCUUUUUUUAUUUUGAGAUACUAGUUUUUUUUUAGGGGAGAUUUAUAUAUUUCAAGAAAAUAGUAGUACAAAGUGUGUUUAUAAGUAAAUAUGGUUAAUCUGUUACAAUCAUGAUUUUACCAUAAGAAACAGUCACUCUUGAGUACAACAUUAGAACCUGAUCUUAUGGCAUUCUGUUGUGAUUCUUCCAGAAAUUGCAUUUUUUUAGAAAAGGUUUAUGCAGCUGGUGGUUAAAUUAAAAUGGCCUUAAAAAUUUGUGUAUACUGGGAAGAAAUUUGUGUAGUUUGAUUCAGUUCUGUCCUAUACUUUGCAGUUUUGAGAUCAUCAACUUUCAGUGAAAAGCUGAUAUGUACUAAUUACAACAAACUUUACAUUGUAUGAUCAGUAUAUAUGCUGUUGUUUUGUAGUUAUAAAUUCUCCUUAUUCGUAUUGAGUUGAAGAAUGUGUGCAUUAAUAAACAUUGGAGGAAUAACACUUAAAAGGCCAUAUUUUUUUAUUUUAAGAAUAAUUUUUAUUAUUGACAUCAGUGUCAGUCUUUUGGAGUUUCUGUGUAUUUUUAUUUGCACUGUCCUCUCAUUCUUCCAUUGUUUUUACUUGUUUCCCUUUGGCUAUAUGCAACCUAUCAUUCAGUGUCAUUUCAAAUUAUUUCCUUAUAGCUCCAAAAACUUUCAUCAGCAGAUUUAGGCAUAAAUAUUUCAAUUGAGAAAACUUCAUUUUGGCCUUUGACCUAAAGAUAAUAAAUUAUCCUAAUCCCAUUCCCUUUUUUAUCAUAUGUUUAAAAAAUCAAUUAUUUCAUUUAUCUCAGAAAAUUACUUAGUAAGGUUUAAAUAGCUACAAAGUUAUUAGUUGCUUGAAUUCUUUUGUAUGAAAUAUAAAGGCUAAAUGCUACCUUAAAGAAUUGAGUUUAACCAUAUUUUUCUGUGUGAGAUAAUUCAGUUACAAUUGUUUGUAUAGUUUUUGAGGUGUAACAGUUUCUGCACAGACAUUGAAUAGUUUGAAGUAGUUUUUUUUGUGACUAAGCAAUAUAACCUUUGUUUUAGGAUUUUUUUUUGUCCAUUACUCUUGGGAAGAACAUAUGUUGACUGAAGAUUAAUUUAUUAAUUUUGACUAAACAAGUGGAAGUCUAACCUUAAGUACUUUAGUUAGAAUUACUUGCAGUAACUUCACACUAUAUCUCUACUUUUUUAAGAAGUAAUAAUUUUUGGUAAACAUAACUGUAAUAGAAGCACAAAAUUAAUUAUCUUUUAACAUCAAGCACCUACUAGAGUAAUGUUUAUGAUUUAUAUUAUUGUUUGGCUUGGUUGCUUAUGUAAAUGUAGGCUUCCAAAGUAACAAAGUAAGGAAUUGUCAGCAUUAUCAUAAUUAUGUAGAGAAAUUCAUGUCAUGUGUUGAAUUCUUAUAAAUAAAGUGAAAGAUGAUAAUUUUU